UGGCCCCCGUUCCCCUUCCUGGCCCCACACCUUCCCUAAGGUGGGUCCCCCCAUGCUGCAUCCCAUCUGCAGGUAUCCUACUGCAGGUCUUGCCCUAAAUCUUUCAAGUUCAGCCUCCUCCUGCUUCAAACUUUUCUCUAAGUCAGGAAGGCAGCCGGAUCUGAGCCCAUCGUGGCUGCUCAGCCCCUUCCGCCUCCUCUUCGCUACUGGGGUCUCAUCCUGAGAGGUGCACGCUGAGUUUGGGGUGACCUUUUUUGGGGGGAUCAGCUGCCUGUGCAUGGGGUAGAGCUGCUGGUGCUUGGGAGCAGGAGGGAAAAGGGUGGAUACCUGGGGGGGCGACAGUGGUUUGUAGGGCCAGCAUGUCCCAAAGGACAGCACACGUGGGGGACUGUGUUCUGGUGUCCCUUCCUGGCCCAGGCAAGGGAAGGUGCACAAGGGCACAGAGGGGGCAUAUGGAGGUCCAGGGGGUGCUGGCAGAGGGACACAAUGUCCAAAAGGGAGGUGGGUCAGAGGGGGUCUGGGACCCCUAGGAAGGGAGGUUUAGGGCAGCGACCCCUCGAUAUGUAUCUACAGGGGUGUGUGGGGAGCUGUGCCAGCUCUGCACCCUGUAAGGGUACAGGAUAUGUGCCUUCCAUCCCCACACAUUCCCAGGGAAAGCAGACUUUGAACCCAACGGUCCUGGCCACCUGAAUCAGCUUUGUCCUAUUGUCCUCACAGGACACACGAGAGGGGGUCAGGCAGCUGCCUCAGAGCCCUGGGAGCUUUAUUCCCUCUGAAGAAGGAGUGAAAUUUAAAGAGGGGCUGCCAGGAAUGCAAAGGGUUUUUGUUGCACAGGAGGUGCUUCAGGGAUCAUUUUUGGGGUCAUUGUCUCAUCCAGCAGGACAUCCUGGGAGCUGCCCCACCACGAGGGCAGCCUGUUAUGAGUCUCCCUGUCCUUUCCUGCAGCCUAGAGAAGGACAUGGAAGAGAACAACCAGACAGAGACCUGGCACCAAAGCCUGCAGGCUAUGCUUAACGCCUUAAACCAGACACUGCACGGGGUCAUCCUCUGCCCCGCUGACCAUUCUGCCACCACUGCUGCUGCUACACAGAACACCAGCCUUGGCCAUCCCGGCCGGAACGACAACGCCUACAUGUACAUCCUCUUCGUCAUGACGCUCUUCGCUGUCACGGUGGGCAGCCUCAUCCUGGGCUACACCCGCUCCCGGAAGGUGGACAAGCGCAGUGACCCAUACCACGUCUACAUCAAGAACAGGGUCUCCAUGAUCUGAGCCUGGCCCUAACGCCUUGUCCCCACAGAGCCAGUGGGUUUGGGGUCAGGUUGCUCUGCACAUCCCACUGUCUGUGAGAUGUGGCAGUGUUGCCAGCCCCAAAUCUCCUGGGAACCCCCACUGUGGAGAUGCUCAGCCCUGGUGUGAGCAGCACCAGGAUAUCUUCACCAGGAUACAGCUCCUGGCUGGCAGGAGCUGGCAGAAUGCAAGCCACAGGCAUGUCCUGGUCCUGCAGACCCACCUUGACUGAGCCCCAUGGGGACAGGGAUGGUAAAGGCAGCUCCUUUCCCACCUGCUGAGGCUGGCAGGGAUCUUCCGGGAGAAAAAUUUCCCAUUUUCUGAUGCCUACUGGAUCAACCAGCAUUGACCUCCAUGGGCUCCUACCAGCUGUGUGACACGGGCUUUUCUGGUGCUGCAACCUUGUAAUUUUUGAGCUGGUCUAGGCCCUGCUUUUCUGGUAGGGAAUUAAAGGAGGUGGCGGGUUC